AUGGAACUCUCACGACAAGAGUACCCAACGCUGCUGGCCACCCUGCAUCCCGGCCAAGCUACAACUGUCCUGAACGAUCGCAUUCGAGUCAUAAAUAAGAUCAAUGCGGAUAUCGCUGAUUACCUGCAGGAACGACGUCGCGUUGAAGAAGCAUACGCCCAAGGGUUGCGGAAGCUGGCGCAUCGGCCACAGUUAGACAAUGCAGCUGCUCUUGGCAUUUUCCAAAUCCCCUGGCAACGUAUAAUCAGUGCCACCGAAACGCUCGCCGUGUCGCACGAAAUCCUUGCGAACAAGAUAGAGGAGGAUGUUGAGCGACCUCUAAGAGAUUUUAGCAGCAAGAGUCCAGAGAUGAAGUCGAUGCCCGGUAUCCAGAGUAGUCUGGCGGGGCUGGCGAAGAAUGUGGAGACUGCACAGAAGAAGGUGGACAAGGCCAGGGCGAGGGGUGCCAAGGGUGCAGACAAACUUGCUAGCGAGAUCGCCAAUGCUGAAGAAGUCCAUCAGCAAUGGGAUUCGCGGGCUCCGUUUGUUUUCGAGCAACUUCAGGCCGCCGAUGAGACCCGGCUCAACCACCUUCGGGAUGUGCUAACACAAUUGGAGACUCAUGAGGUGGAUCAAGUCGAGCGUGGUCGCCAGGCCGCUGAAAGCUGCUUGAAUCUUCUUCUCAAUGUGGAAACGGCAGAUGAGAUCAAAACCUUUGCUGCUAGAAUGGCUGGCCCCCGUGUCCCUGUGACACAGGCCAUCACCAGAAGCCAGACUGAACGAGCGGAGACGCCUUCCACAUUUGAACCGAGAUAUGAGCGGACACCGACUGCGCCAACCGAGCGUCAGUUUUCCACACCAGCAACAGAGGCACCGCUUCCGCCCCCUCCACGCAUCCAGGAUGAUGCGGCAAGCCAACUAUCCGAGGCCUCUGAGAGACACGCCAUUUCUCAGGCACCGCCAGCGCCAGUUCCGGAAGCGCAGCCACGACAUACUCCAUUGGGGGGAUUGAGACGUCUUGGCACUGUCAUGAACAGGAGAAAAAGCGUUGCCUUACCCUCGGCUGGAUCUUUUGACCGAAAGGCAGAGAAGAAGCGUAGUCCAUUUGCUGCAUUCAAGCGAGCCGACUCUCGCGAUUUGCAAAUACCUGAAUCUCCCCCCACGACCGCUCCUGAUCGGCCGGGUACAUCCUUUACUGAUAACUCAUCCUUGCGGAAUCCCAGUGUGUCGCAUGAUCGUGCUGGAUUAGACACUGCUGCAGCUAUGCCUGAAGUGCAUCCAGAGGCCGCCAGAAAUGGAACUGCCCCAGAAGGUCUUGGGUUGACCAAUGACCAUGUCAAUCAGCCACAUGUUGAUUCCGAAGGAUUCACCCAGCGUCCCGCCACAAUUGACGAAAUCACGCGUGCACAGAAUGAGGCAUCGGGCCUGGAUGAGUCUGGUCUGAAUUUGACGAUUCGAGACCAGCCCAUCUUCGAGGAUGAGAGCCAGGCGACGCGGGCCAUGAAUGAUAUGGCAAAUACCCUCCGAAUGCGGGCUCCACAGCCAGGAAUGAGACGCAAUGCAGGCACCAUUCGUGGACGCCGUGAUGUUCGCAAUACAGUCUUUAUUGCUUCUCCUGGCAAUGAGCUUCCACCAUCCUCGGCAGGAUCAGAGUCUCAGCAACCAACCUCGCCAAUCAGACACAUGACCUCCCCCAGUAUUGCCCCCAGUGUUGCUACAGAUGAUCACGCUAUGUCAGAUACUACGUCCAUUCGCUCUGGACACACUACUGGUCUGGGAGCUUCAGUUCAUCCUGAUCUAUAUGAAACAGGCCUGAAUGCUUCAGUCAUUGAGACCAUCAAUGCAUGGUUCUCAGAGGGUAAUGUCACCAAGUCCUUCGUCGUUGGUGAGCUUGCUCUGGCAAACAACUCCACACCUGGUACUGCGGUAGACCAUGCGCGCAUCCGACUCGAUAACUUCCAAGUGCUGGAAAAGGUAGCGGCCAAUCCCCACUUUGUCAAGGACGCUUCCAGAGACGCCGGCGAUGACAAGAGAGGCGAAUACGAUAUCCAGCUGGGCAGCAUCUCCCGCCCCAUACCGACAGUCGCAUUCAAGUAUCAACUCCAUAUCGACCCUACCAACCCCUCCGCCUACUGUCCGGUGAUAUUCAAGCCAGUCUGGAACCUAGAAGAAUUGCAGGCCAGCGCCAUCAUCUACUACACGCUCAACCCAUCCUUCGUCUCCCACACAGGGGAGCCAAUUACCCUCAAGAACUUGGUCUUGACCAUCAAUUUGGACACCGCCACCGAGGACCCAGUCACCAAGCAGCCACGCGAGUCAGUUUCCCACGCCGUCAGCGCCGCCAUGUACCCCAAUACCGGUGCCGUCUUCCGUCGCAAAACCUCCACCGUCACAUGGAGAAUCCCUGAGCUGGAAGUCAAGGCCCCCACUACACCAGGUGCAGAGGGCAAGUUCCUUGUCCGUUUCGUGACGUCCACUCCCGGGCCUCGCAAGGGUACCGUUGAAGCAAAGUUCGAGCUCCGCAACGCCGAAUCCGCUUCUCAGCUAGGUAUCAGCCGUGCUACCUCGGAGUCAGAGCAGAUGGAAGCCGAUCCCUUUGCAGACGAGGGUCGUGAGACCCAGUCCGCAGCUUCAUGGCUGGGCGUCCCAACGACACGCAAGCUGAUCAGUGGAAAGUAUGUCUCUUCCUAG